AUGUUUAAACCUACAAGAAUCAACUAUAGUGCCUUAUCAAAACGUACAAAACGUGUCCAAGUCCAACUAUUAAGGGAUUUCCCCAGAUUCAACUUAUUUAAAGGGCAAGUGACCCAUGUGAAACCAUCUUUAAUGAUGAAUUAUUUAUACCCCUAUAACGGUGCUAAAUAUAUCAUGAAGCUAAGUGACAUCCGCCCUGGUUUAUUGAAACAAUACGAGAUACGGAAAUCUGAAAUGAAGAAACAAGCCGAACUAGAUUCGAUAAAAGCUAGUUCCAAUAUCGACAAUAGCUCUAAUACCAAAAGUAACAUUGCUGAUAAAGAAGAUGAGCCUACACAAAGGAAUAAAAUAUCUUUCUUGGGGACAGAUAUCACUACAAAAGAUAUUAAGAUUCCUGGUUUGAAUAUUUAA